AUGUCCUUCUCAACCCUCACCCUCCUCGCCCUCUCCUUCCUCCCCUCCACCCUCGCCGCAACAGGCACCUUCUCCACCCUCACCCUCAACGUCGCCGGCCUCCCCUCCUGGAUCAACGACAAUGGCGUGCCAGGCGACAAAGCCGACGCAGCGACAAUGAUCGGCCAGAAAUUCGCCCAGUACAACUACGACAUCAUCCAAAUCCAAGAAGACUUCCACUACCACGACGAAAUCUACGCCGCGGACAACCACCCUUUCCGCACAAAGACCUCCGGCGACGUCCCCUUCGGCAGCGGACUCAACACCCUCUCGAACUACAACUGGACCACUCUCGAGAGGAUCACCUGGGACGAAUGCUUCAUCGCCGACGGCGACUGUCUCACGCCCAAAGGCUUCACAUUCAUGCGUCUGCAGCUCGCCGAGGGCGUGGAGGUGGAUUUCUACAACCUCCAUGCGGACGCGGGACAGGAGGAUGGGGAUCAGGAGGCGAGGAGGGAGAAUUUGAGGCAGGUUGUUGAGAGGGUUAGGAGUGUGAGUGCGGGGAGGUCGGUGGUUGUGGAGGGGGAUACGAAUAGUUUGUAUUCGAGAACGACGGAUGAUGUGGGUGUUUUUGGGCAGGUGGGGCUGGGGGAUGCGUGGGUUGAGAGGGUUUAUGGCGGUGUCAUCCCGACGAAUGUACCCAAGUGUCCGGGUCCGACGACCGACAAUACUUGCGAGGUUUAUGAUAAGAUCCUCUAUCGAAGCGGUGAUAGUGUCAAGCUGAAUGCAACAUCGUUCGACUAUGUUACAGAUAUGUUCCUGCAGCCGGAUGGAAGCAUUCUGACGGAUCAUAAUGCUGUGCUGGCGGAGUUUAGUUGGUCGUCUGUAUAA